CAUUGUCUAUCUUUAUUUAUUAAUUGUUUUACAUGUGUUUAAUUCAUUCAAUUUUUUUUUCUUUCUUUGAAUGAUUAUUUCGAUUAUUAUAUAAAAAGAGAUUGAUUUUUCAGCUUUUCUCUAGCUCUGUCGUGAUUGGAUCGAUACAAAAGUCGCCUACACUCUAACUGUGAGUAUCGAAGGGAGCUCGAAAUAAGGAAGGCGACAAGAACAAAAUAGAGUCUUCUGUAGUUUUAACAAAUGGAAAAUUCUUCUUAAAUCCGCAUUUGAUGAAAUUACGCUGAGUUUAAGGCUGGUUUUGCGCCAUCUUUCCAUUUCCAGCUCCGCUCCUACAAACAAGGUUAGAAAAAUGUCCCGGCCUCUGCAUCGAGGUGUAUCUGGAAUGCAGAUCUCGGGCAGCAGCAACGAUUUUUGGGACUCCCAAGUGCAAGUUCAAACAGACAAGGAAGAUUUGGAUAGAAAUCGUUCUUCUAAUCAGAGCUAUUUAUCGCUCAGGUUUCCUUUAAGGUUACAUUUUCUGGAUAAUUCACCUUCCAAAUAUGGUGUCACUGAGAAUGGUUUUGCAUCUGAUCCCUUCAGUGUUGGCACUCCAAGAAGCCGGCAUAAGUUAACAAUGCUAUUUUUGAAGUUAAGUUUAGUUGUGAUUGUGAUUCUUGCUCUGACUGGAUCAUUUUGGUGGACUGUCUUGAUAUCAACGUCGACUAGGGCUCAUAUAUUACAUGGUUAUAGGCGACUUCAAGAGCAGCUUGUCUCUGAUUUGUGGGAUGUAGGGGAGCUUUCGCUUGGUCCUUCAAGGUUGAAAGAAAUAGAAUUCUGUCCUGAGGAGUCUGAGAAUUAUGUUCCUUGCUUUAAUGUUUCGGAGAAUCUUGCUUUGGGUUAUUCUGGUGGUAAUGAGUAUGAUCGACUAUGUGGACAUGGUUCAAGGCAAAGUUGUUUGGUUCUUCCACCUGUGAACUAUAAAAUUCCUCUUAGAUGGCCAACUGGGAGAGAUGUUAUUUGGGUUGCUAAUGUUAAAAUUACUGGUCAAGAGGUAUUUUCCUCAGGCAGUUUAACCAAGAGGAUGAUGAUGCUGGAGGAAGAGCAGAUUUCUUUCCGUUCAGCCUCGCUCAUGUUUGAUGGUGUAGAAGACUAUUCCCAUCAGAUUGCUGAAAUGAUUGGACUGAGAAAUGAAUCUAACUUCAUACAAGCUGGGGUAAGAACCAUGUUGGAUGUAGGAUGUGGUUAUGGUAGCUUUGGAGCACAUCUCUUUUCCAAACAGCUCUUAACCAUGUGCAUUGCGAACUAUGAGUCCUCGGGCAGUCAAGUUCAACUCACUCUUGAAAGGGGCCUUCCUGCAAUGAUUGGCUCUUUCAAUUCAAAACAAUUACCUUAUCCAUCUCUUUCAUUUGAUAUGCUACAUUGUGCACGCUGUGGCAUUGACUGGGAUAAAAAAGAUGGUAUUUUCUUGAUUGAAGUUGAUAGAGUUCUAAAGCCUGGUGGAUACUUUGUGUGGACUUCACCUCUUACCAAUGUUCAGAGUUUUCUUCGGAACAAGGAGAAGCAGAAAAGGUGGAACUUUGUUCGUGAUUUUGUAGAAAGUCUCUGCUGGGAGUUGAUGUCACAACAAGAUGAAACUGUUGUGUGGAAAAAGACUAGUAAAAAAAGUUGUUACAACUCACGGAAGGCUGAUUCUGGUCCUUCUAUCUGUAGCAAAGGACAAGAUGUUGAAUCUCCAUAUUAUCGUCCUCUUCAAAACUGUAUAGGUGGAACACAUAGUCGUCGAUGGGUUCCCAUUGAGGAGAGAGCAACGUGGCCCUCUAGGUCUAAUUUGAACAAGAAUAAACUAGCACUAUAUGGUCUACACUCAGAAGAACUCAAUGAGGAUACUGCAAACUAUAAAACAGCUGUUUGGAAUUAUUGGUCUCUUCUGUCACCCCUAAUAUUCUCGGAUCAUCCAAAGAGACCUGGUGAUGAGGAUCCUUCUCCACCUUAUAACAUGCUCAGGAACGUGCUAGACAUGAAUGCUCACUAUGGUGGUUUAAAUGCUGCAUUACUGGAAGCAGGGAAGUCUGUCUGGGUCAUGAACGUAGUCCCAACAAGUGGACCCAACUACCUUCCCUUGAUUCUUGACAGGGGCUAUGUUGGUGUAUUACAUGAUUGGUGUGAGUCAUUUCCAACAUACCCCAGAACUUAUGAUAUGGUGCAUGCUGAUGGACUUCUAUCCCUUGAGAGUAGUCAACAUGAGAGAUGCAGCAUGCUUGACCUAUUCACUGAGAUAGACCGGCUGCUUCGUCCAGAGGGUUGGGUGAUAAUCCGUGACACAGCUCCUCUUAUUGAAUUAGCUAGACCUCUAACAACUCGGUUGAAGUGGGAUGCCAGAGUCAUAGAAAUUGAAAGUAACAGCAAUGGGAGACUCCUUAUCUGUCAGAAACCUUUCUUUAAGAGACAAGCAAGCUAAGAACAAUUUUCUCGAGAAACCCAAGUUGAAGUCGUGGUAUUCAAAUUCAUUUUGUGCAUGCUUAUGUAAUCAUCAUAAAGCUCCACCGUGGAAGGGGGACACCAUAUAUUUUGAACUGAAAGAGGAAAGCAGAAAGAUGGUAGAUAAAAAGGAAAAUGAAUCUUGAUGAUGUGACCAACGACAACUCCUAUGUAGCCGUAAGGCAUUCAUAGGGCUUUGUAAUUACUAAAAGCGUGGCACCAGCGAAAUUGAGAAGUUGAGGAUUAGAUUUUUAUUUUUUUAUUUUUAAAUUUCAUGUUAUGUCUCAUUAUAACCAUACAACCACAUGAUUGAGAUUGUGAAGAUGAUUUACGGAAUAAGCAAGUGCUACUAGCUGUGCAGUAUAGAAAAAAAAA